CCCGGAGAGGCUCCAGCCCGCCCCGAAGCCCCGCCGGUCCUCGCAGCUGGCGGCCUUCGUAAAGGAAGCCCUCUCCUAGCGCCGCGCGGGGCCGCGGGGCGAGGCGGCGGCGGCGCGCGCGCGCCCGGGCUCCCAGAGCGGUGCUCGAAGCGAAGCGCCGCGGCAGGAGGUUUGUCCCCGCCCGCACGCCGUGCCGCGCGGCCCUGGUGGUGGGGCAGAGGGCGCGCGGCGGAGAUGGGCGAGACCAUGUCAAAGAGACUGAAGAUCCACCUGGGCGGGGAAGCGGAGAUGGAGGAGCGGGCGUUCGCCAAUCCCUUCCCGGACUACGAGGCCGCGGCCUCGGCGGGGCUCGCCGCCGGAGCGGCCGAGGAGACGGGCUGUGCUCACCCCCAGCCCGCCGCCGACGAGCUCAGCCUCCCUUUUCACAACGACGGAAAGAUCAUUCAUAAUUUCGCAAGGCGAAUCCAGACCAAAAUCAAAGAUCUGCUGCAGCAAAUGGAAGAAGGUCUCAAGACAGCUGACCCGCAUGACUGCUCUGCGUACACUGGUUGGACAGGCAUAGCCCUUUUAUACCUGCAGCUGUACCGGGUCACCUGUGACCAGACCUACCUGCUCCGAUCCCUGGAUUAUGUCAAGAGAACACUCCGGAACCUGAGCGGCCGCCGGGUCACGUUCCUGUGUGGAGAUGCCGGACCCCUGGCAGUAGGAGCUGUGGUGUAUCAUAAACUCAAAAGUGACUGCGAGUCCCAGGAAUGCAUCACAAAACUUCUGCAGCUCCAGAAGACGAUUGUGUGCAGAGAUUCGGACCUUCCCGAUGAGCUGCUCUAUGGACGGGCGGGUUACCUGUACGCCUUACUCUACCUGAACACGGAGAUCGGCCCGGGCACCGUGUGUGAGUCGGCCAUCAAAGAGGUAGUCGAUGCCAUUAUUGAAUCAGGCAAGACUCUGUCACGGGAAGAGAGGAAGGCUGAGCGCUGUCCCCUGUUGUAUCAGUGGCACCGGAAGCAGUACGUUGGGGCAGCGCAUGGCAUGGCCGGAAUCUACUACAUGUUAAUGCAGCCAGCAGCAAAAGUGGACCAAGAAACCUUGACAGAAAUGGUAAAACCCAGUAUUGAUUACGUACGCCACAAAAGAUUCCGAUCCGGGAAUUACCCGUCAUCGUUGAGCAAUGAGACCGACCGCUUGGUCCACUGGUGCCACGGUGCCCCGGGCGUCAUCCACAUGCUCAUGCAGGCUUACAAGGUCUUCAAGGAGGAGAAGUACUUGAAAGAUGCCAUGGAGUGCAGUGAUGUGAUUUGGCAGCGAGGUUUGCUUCGGAAGGGCUAUGGGAUCUGCCACGGGACAGCUGGGAACGGCUAUUCUUUCCUAUCCCUGUACCAUCUGACGCAGGAUAAAAAGUAUCUCUACCGAGCUUGCAAAUUUGCAGAGUGGUGUCUAGAAUACGGAGCACAUGGGUGCCGCAUUCCUGACAGACCUUAUUCUCUCUUUGAAGGCAUGGCUGGGGCGAUUCACUUUCUAUCCGACAUCCUGGUACCAGAGACCUCACGGUUUCCAGCAUUUGAACUUGCCCCUUCGCAGAAGGAUACAAAGAUGUAAAGAGACUAAGACGCCUGUUUAGACCAAAAUCCAGAUUGCUAGUGCCUGACACAGAGCCAACUGUGGAUCCCGAAGAAGGAAAAAAAAAAAAAAGAAGAAGCCGACACCUUCACCCCCCAGACCCUCCCUUUGUUGCCGAGAACCUCGAGUUAUAGAGCAUGAGCGACAGAAACCCUCCCUCCGGCAUUCCAUGACAGUGUCCCCUCCCUGGCGUCAAAUACGAAUUCCUCACGUCGAGCCCUGUGUAGCAUUUGCAUGUCUCUUGGUGUGUGUCGUCUGCAGACGUUAAGUCGUGCUGAACAGAAAGCCCUUCUCUUCCCGUGAGCCCGGAGCUGACCGCGCACUCGUGUGUAACAUUUAACGUGAGGGCCCUGUGUCCUGACUGACAGGGAACAGUCAGGUGGUGUGUCUCGCCCACAUCAGAAAGAACAUCUAAGGGGACGUCCUAGUGACACUUUGUCAGCGUUUUCCACGCGUACAUGUCAGACAAGCGUGAAGGAAACCCCACUCCAAGAACGGGGGUGCGCCUCUGCACCGGGUCUCAGCCGCUCCCGCUGGUGUUUUGUGUUCACCUUCUUGCUUUUAAGAGGCCCAAGGGCAUGCGUUGCCCUCCCCCUGGGGCCAUGUUCCCAGCAGGGGUCUCCGGCCCCUGUGGGAAGUUCCAGAGGCUCCUUGCAACCCCAAGCAGCGGGGCCCCGGGGAGUGGACUUCACAUCAGAGGACAUUCAAGGGAAGCCUUUUUGUGACCCGGUUGUAAAUCAAGUAGCCGUGACUAAGUAUUGGCACUUCUAGGUUUUGGUUUAUUAUAAAAACACACUGCAUCUCAGUUUUAUCAACAUUAUAACUUACUAGAAGUUCGGUGGAUACAAAUUCCAGAUGGUGAUAAGCAGAAACAUACUCAGCCGUUCCCAUGUCCCCACAAUUAAACUUAUUUCAAAAUUUGGUAAGUUAUCACAGUAUAAAUUUGGUGAGUGAAAUCUCACAUUUGAUGAAAUAUGUUAAGCGUAAAAGGCCAGCCUGCAUUUACGCAGACGGGGAACAUAGUGUUCUAACCCAGAAAAUGACGGUGUUUGUCCAACAUGUUUUAUCUAUAAAAAAAAAAGGGGCAUUAUUUUGGGCUGCCAUACCCUCAAUAAUUCUAGCACAUGGAUUUCAGUUUUUAGAAGAGUUUUGUCAUCACAGUAUGAGUAGCCUAGGGCUUUAUACAUGCUUCUCACCUUGUGAGCCGAGGCAUGGGUCAUAAAGACAAAGCAGGUUUCUCGGGUCAUCCGGUCCGGGUCUGUAAGGAACCAUCCAGUCCUUUAUCAGCCCUCGUGUCCUAUCCUUUCAUAAAGGAGCAUGAAUACCUGUGGAGCAGACAGACCUCCUUCACGCACAUGCGGUUCUCAGGGUGGCGUCAAGCCUUACCUGUGGGGCCAGCACCUAACGUGACCUUCGGUUUCUAGAUGAGGCCCCGUGGGUCCUUUGUCGCACACACUUGUUUCUAACCCAAUGCUGUUUUCUCUCAAACUAGGUUGGUGGCUUCCAUGGGUAUAAGUUCUUAUGGUUCUGUUUUAACCAGCUUCCCGGCCUGCUCGUGAACUUCCCAGGCACGAUAGGCUGUCCUCAACCAGUUGAGGGGGGCAGUGUUUGGUAGGAGAGCUCACCGGCUCUCAGAGCCCAGCCGAACAGCCCUGCCCCCCCCUUGCCCCCCCACCCCCCAGCCAUGCACACGGUCGCCUAUGAGGUCUGGCCUGCCUCGUCCGUGGCGGCGCUCUAGGCUUCGGCUGAAAGCUCUGUCAGGAAGCCAGCGGGACCGCACAGGGGCUGUGCCUGUCUUGCCAGAGGGAGCGCGUGGAAGCCCUGGUUCUGGCCACGUGUCUCCAAACCAGAGACAGCAAGGGUGCCUCAGCUGGGUGUCCCACCAGGUCUGAAAAGUAAGCAUGAGGAUGAGGCCACUUUCUGAUGAACAGACCGAAGGAAAGAUAAAAUAUUUGUGGAAUAAACAGAGAUCUCAUUUCCGGGCUUCAUUUUCAACCCAGCAGGGUUGACACCGUCCGACUUGCCCACGAGGUGUGCACAGUUGUCCGCCCACUUCCCGGUGUCUGACACUCCACCUCUGCGUGAGGACGGUUCCAGCCCUCAGUCCCCGAAGGCGCAGGAGAGAUGGCAUCUACGCCAGGGAGCGGAGGGCUUGCAGGAGUCCCCUUACUAGUUCUGUGUUCUGAAUUCAGAUCUCAAAACAUCUCACAGUGAUUUCUUGAUUUCUUUGUGUCCUCCAAAAUGUCUGAAUUAAAAAAAAAAAAAUGUGUAUGCACAGUACCGUUUUAAAAUUUGAACGAAAAAAUAGUUGAUGUCAGAAAAAGUGUGUGGGGUUCUUUGAUUUUGUCAGUAAAGACAGUUUUGUGACAGUGA